AUGUUCCUCAACUCUGCAACUCCUCGUCGCUCGCCGUCGCUGUCCUCCAUGGCUUCAGUGGAGAGCUCAUGGAGCGACCUCGACGAAACCAACCCUGACACCAGCAACACUUUUGCCGCAGGUGUUGGCGCCGUUGACCUCGCCAACUGCCAUCGGUGCCCCUCGCCAGAAUGCCCUCUCCUCAGAGAUCGCCAGAACAGCACCUCUUCUGUCCGCAGUUGCGAGGAUAUGAGUGUCGACAAGACACAAGAGCUCUGGUUUUGCAUGCUGGAGCUACAAGAGCGCUACGGGUGCUACACCUCGACUCGAAUCGACCUUGCGCUCGAUGCCGGCGAGGAAGCAAUCAAUUUUAUGCCCAACCGUUUCAUUAUUGACACUCUCAACAAUUCCCUUCGUGAUCUACCCGACGAAGGUUGGAAUAAACUUUACCAAUGCCUCGACCACCAAGCCACUACGGAGAAGUCCAAGCCCAAACGCAAGUUCUGGUCCAAGGCUUGA